AUCAAGUACAAGCAAAACACAGUUCCAUAAAUAUUAUUCAUAUUAACUCCAUUGCCAAACUCACAAUUCACUUUUUUCAGUCGAAAAGAAACAAUGGCAUCCCAAGACCAGGCUCGCAGAGCUGCUGAAACUAAAGGCCGUACUGAGGAGAAGGCGAACCAAAUGAUGGGCUCAGUAGGGGAGAAGGCCCAAGCUGGUAAGGACAAGACCGCAGAUACAGCCCAAGCGGCAAAGGAAAAGACCGCAAGUGCGGCCCAAGCAGCAAAAGAAAGGACAGCAAAUACGGCCCAAGCGGCAAAGGACAAGACUGCAGAUACGGCCCAAGCAGCGAAAGAGAAGACGAAGAGUGCGGCCCAAACCACGAAAGAGAAGGCAUCGGAUACGGCGGCAAGGACUGGAGAGAUGGCCCAUGAAGGGAAGGACAAAGCUGCAGGAAUUCUUCAAGAUACUGGGGAGAAGAUGAAACAGAUGGCCCAAUCGACUGCUGAUGCUGUGAAAAGUACACUUGGCAUGGCUAAGAACGAUGAAGAAGAGGAUUCUCCAGCCCCUUUCAAGACCAGGGGAAGGGACUAUUAGAACAACACUAGAAAUUAAUUAGAGCAAGUUACUUUUUGUUGUCGUUUUUGUAUUUUUGUUUUGUCGUUUUUGUAUUUUCUUUCAUGCUCCUCCUGCGUUUCAAAGUAUCAUUUCAUCAUACAUGAAAAUGAAAUGAAGUGAAGAAAACUGCAUUGAAAUAAUAAAAUAUACUUAACUUUCUUUUUUUACUA